UUUUUUUUCAGAAAAUCUCUUAAAUUAUGUCUAAUACGGAGAAACAGGGUGUCACAAAAAUAAGAAGUUUCUUAUCAUGUCGACAGGUGUUAAAUCUCCUAACCAUGUUUGGCUUUAUGCUGAACUAUGCGUUGCGUGUAAAUCUUACCAUAGCCAUUGUGGCAAUGGUAAAACCAGAAAAUAUCACCACGACCACCAAAGAUGAUAGCCUUGCGGGAAACCUAACGAGCACAACAACUACGACAACAACUACAGUGGCACCCAGUGCAAAUGGUACCUCCGCGCUCGAUGAAGAACUUGAUGAUCGUUUCGCUUGGGAUACGUAUCAACAAAAUUUUGUACUCGGUUGCUUUUUCUGGGGUUACAUUCUAACUGAGCUGCCUGGUGGCCGUCUGGCAGAAUUAAUUGGUGGUCGUCGUGUCUUUGGCCAUUCUAUGCUGUGGGCUAGUCUACUGACUUUGAUCACACCGUUGGCGGCGCAUAUCAAUUAUGUUUUCCUCAUUGUUGUUCGUGUUGUAUUGGGCUUUAUGUUGGGCGCUUCAUGGCCUGCCAUUCAUCCUGUUGCUGCUGUUUGGAUUCCACCAAAUGAGAGAUCGAAAUUCAUGUCCAAUAUGAUGGCUUCUUCCCUUGGUGCUGCUAUUACUAUGCCUAUCUGUGGUUUCCUCAUUUCUGUUGCCGGUUGGUCCAGUGUUUUCUAUGCAACUGGCGCCGUUGGUCUAAUUUGGUCAGCUAUGUGGUUCACUCUGGUCUAUGAGACACCCGCUACACAUCCCCGCAUUACAGCCGAAGAGCGUCGUGAAAUUGAAGAGGCUAUUGGUACAACAACAUCUAAGAAACGUCCCAGCUAUGUACCAUGGGGUGAUCUAUUCUGUUCACCAGCUGUGUGGGCCAUUAUCAUCACACACGGAUUGUCUGUGUUCGGUUUCUUCACAGUUAUUAAUCAAUUGCCCACAUUUAUGAAUCAGGUUUUGGGUUUCGAUAUUAAGAAGAACGGCCUCUUCUCCUCAUUGCCAUAUUUGGGUAAAUACAUCAUGGCCUUCGGUUCAUCGUGUUUUGCUGAUUAUCUUCGUCAAAAGAAAGUUUUAAGCACAACUGCUACCCGCAAAGCCUUCACAACAUUUGCUCUCACCACACCUGGUCUAUUGAUGAUUGCUCAGGUGUUUUUGGGUACUGAGGCCGCAUGGUCAGUGACAAUCUUUACAUUGGCUCUUUUCGCUCAUGGUGCUGUAACGCCUGGUUAUUUGGGUAAUGGUUUGGAUAUUGCACCCAAUUUCAGUGGUACCAUUUUUGGUUUGGCCAAUACUCUAUCCUCAUUUGGUGGAUUCCUUUCCACAUGGAUGGUUGGUGCCUUGACCUAUGAAGAUAAAUCCUAUCAUCAAUGGCAAAUUGUCUUUUGGAUAUUGGGCAUUACCUAUAUUUCCGGUGCUGUUGUCUAUCUCAUUAUGGGCACAGGUGAUUUGCAACCCUGGAACAAUCCACCAGAACGUAAAAAGGUCUCUGAUGUCCAUAAUGAGGAGGGUGUACCUUUAAAAAAUUAA